AUGGGCGCCGCCACAGUCACGAAGAAGCGCAAGGUCCGCGACGCAGAGGGAUCCGAGGCUGUGUCUGUGACCAAGAAGACGAAGAAGAUCAAGAGCCCCGCGCCGCCAGUCGAGCCACCCAGCGAAAGCGAAGAGGAAGUCCCGGAGGACGAGGAGGACGACAACGCUGAGGGUGAAGACUCAGAGGACGAUGUGGCCGAGAAUGGCGAACCCGAUGAUCUUCCUGCCCAGAGCCAACCGCUUCUCCCACCGACCACAGCCUCCGACCAGUUCGAGGAUCUCAAAUUGUCCGAAAAGACCAUGUCGGCCAUCAAAGACAUGGGCUUCACCAAAAUGACUAGCAUUCAGCGCAGUGCGAUACCACCUCUGCUGGCCGGCAAAGAUGUCCUCGGCGCUGCCAAGACUGGCUCCGGCAAGACCCUCGCCUUCCUCAUCCCCGUCGUCGAGAUGCUCUCCUCCGUGCGCUUCAAGCCGCGCAACGGCACCGGCGCGAUUGUCGUCUCGCCCACCCGCGAGCUGGCGCUGCAGAUCUUUGGCGUCGCGCGCGAGCUGAUGAAGAACCACUCCCAGACGUACGGCAUCGUCAUUGGCGGCGCGAACCGCAAGGCCGAGGCCGAGAAGCUGCAAAAGGGCGUCAACCUUCUGAUCGCGACACCGGGCCGCCUGCUGGACCACCUCAUGAACACGCCCUUUGUGUACAAGAACAUGCGGUCGCUCAUCAUUGACGAGGCGGACCGCAUCCUCGAGGUCGGGUUCGAGGAUGAGAUGAGGCAGAUUGUCAAGAUCCUGAAGCCCAAAGACCAGGUCAACGACCGGCAGACGAUGCUCUUCUCCGCCACGCAGACGACCAAGGUCGAGGAUCUCGCGCGCAUCUCGCUGCGUCCCAACCCGCUCUACAUCAACGUCGACGAGGAGAAGCAGUUUAGCACAGUCGAGGGGCUGGAGCAGGGCUACGUCCUGUGCGACGCCGACAGGCGCUUCGUCCUGCUCUUUUCCUUCCUCAAGGCCAUGAUGAAGGUGCCUGCGGCCAAGCCGGACGAGACCGAGGAGGAGAAGACGGCGCGGCUGAACAAGAGGAAAAAGGUCAUUGUCUUCUUCAGCAGCUGCAACUCGGUCAAGUACUACUCGGAGCUGCUCAACUAUAUUGACCUGCCCGUCCUGGAUUUGCACGGCAAGCAGAAGCAGGAGAAGCGCACGAGGACGUUCUUUGAGUUCAGCAACGCGUCGCAUGGCAUCCUCAUCUGCACAGACGUCGCAGCGCGUGGCCUCGAUAUCCCUGCCGUCGACUACAUUGUCCAGUUCGACCCCCCCGACAACGCGACAGACUACAUCCACCGCGUCGGCCGGACAGCUCGCGCCAACACCAAGGGGCGCAGUCUCAUGUUCCUCCAGCCGAACGAGGUGGGCUUCCUCUCGCACCUCAAGGCGGCGCGCGUGCCCGUGUUUGAGUACGAGUUCCCGGCCAAGAAGAUCCUCAACGUGCAGUCGCAGCUAGAGAAGCUCGUGGGCGACAACUACCACCUGCACUCGAGCGCCAAGGACGCUUUCCGCUCGUACUUGCACGCGUACGCGGCGCACAGCCUGCGCUCCGUCUACGACGUGAACAAGCUGGACCUCGCCAAAGUGGCCAAGAGCUUUGGCUUCAAGGUGCCGCCGAGGGUAGACAUCCAGCUGGGGCAGAGCAUGGGACGGAACAAGACACAGGGACGCAGGGCCUAUGGUAGUCAACCGAAGCAGGCGAGGGGCAAUUACCAGGGGAGACGACACGCCUAA